AUGCUCGCGAGACAUAUACUCACACCAAGACGAUCCUUAACGUCAUCCACUGUAACCAGAUCCUGGUUCGGUGACUUAUUCGGCAACAAAAGUUCGAAAAUCACCAGUCAACAGAAACGAUCAGAUAUAAUUGAAAAACAAGAUGAUUAUAUAAAUAAAGAAAUCACCAAAAUUGCCCAUUUGACUCGAGAAAACUCGCCACAGUACUUGAAAAAGAAGCAAAAGGACAAGUUGCAACUGCAGUUUAAGGUGCGUGAUUGGAAAAAUGUCAAGUUUUUGCAUGCUAAAGAUUUGGAAGGGUUUUAUGAUGAUAAAGUCAAGUUACAAAAUGUUGUUAACCAAAGUUAUAAAGAUGUGACGGGGACGGAAAUUGGAUUUGAUGAUUAUAGUAGUAUCGAUUUACAUGAUUUGAAAUUGAGAUUUGCGUUUGUUAAGCAUUUGCAAUCGAAUUUGGGAUUUGAGCUUAAUGAUUAUGUGGUUAGUACCAGUCAUGAUUUAAUCUCAUUGUACUAUGAAGUCGAAAAGGUUGUUAACAAGAGGUGGAGCAAUGAACGGAACCCUAACGCUAUUGUAUUGAGGCAAAGUGAUUUCAGCGCAAAGAACUUAUACCUCAACGAAUCUAGAGACGAGUAUGAGAAACAUAAGGAGUUUACAAAGUUGUUGAAAGAGGUAGAGAGAUUGGAACAGCAGUCUGAACAAAAGGCUUAG